CCACGCGCGGCGCUUUGCGCAUGCGCCGCAUCCCGCCCGGGGAAGGUGCCACUGCGCAUCCUCACACGGGGGAGGGGGGUCAGUUGUGUUCCUGCGCAGCCGCGAAGCGGCCGCUUCCCCCGCCGCUCCCCGGCCGCACAUGCGCGCUGAGGGGGCGCAGGGCCCCGGCGGCGGAGGGAAGAUGGCGGCGGUGGUACAGAAUGUGGUGAAGCUGCUGGGCGAGCAGUACUACCGCGACGCCAUGGAGCAGUGCCACAGCUACAACGCGCGGCUCUGCGCCGAGCGCAGCGUGCGCCUGCCCUUCCUGGACUCGCAGACCGGCGUGGCGCAGAGCAACUGCUACAUCUGGAUGGAGAAACGGCACCGGGGGCCGGGUUUGGCGGCCGGGCAGCUGUACUCGUACCCCGCGCGGCGCUGGAGGAAGAGACGCCGCGCUCACCCGCCCGAGGACCCGCGGCUCGCCUUCCCCGCCAUCAAACCCGAAGCAGACUCGGGGGUGAAGAAGGAGGGCGCGCUGCCGGCGGACGGCAGCAGUCUGGAGGCGCUGCUGCUGCGCACCGACGCUCUGGACAAGCGGGCGCUGCCGGAUCCGCGCGGCGACGACGACGCGGCCGAGUUCCCCGGGGCCAACAGCCGCGCCAGGAAGCGCAUUCUGGAGCCGGAGGACUUUCUGGACGACUUGGACGACGAGGACUACGAGGAGGACACGCCGAAGCGGCGCGGGAAGGGCAAGGCCAAGGGCAAAGGUGUCGGGGGCGCUCGCAAGAAGCUGGACGCGGCCAUCCUGGAGGAUCGGGACAAGCCCUACGCGUGCGACAACACUUACAAACAAAAGCAUUCCCUGAAACCUCCCGACCGAGUUUGCGGCAAGCGCUACAAGAACCGGCCGGGCCUGAGCUACCACUACGCGCACUCGCACUUGGCCGAGGAGGAGGGCGACGACAAGGACGACUCGCAGCCGCCCACCCCCGUGUCCCAGCGCUCCGACGAGCACAAGUCCAAAAAAGGCCCCGACGGGCUAGCGCUGCCCAACAAUUACUGCGAUUUCUGCCUGGGCGACUCCAAGAUCAACAAGAAGACGGGGCAGCCCGAGGAGCUGGUCUCGUGCUCCGACUGCGGCCGCUCGGGCCACCCGUCGUGCCUGCAGUUCACGCCGGUGAUGAUGGCGGCGGUGAAGACGUAUCGCUGGCAAUGCAUCGAGUGCAAGUGCUGCAACAUCUGCGGCACCUCCGAGAACGACGACCAGCUGCUUUUCUGCGACGACUGUGACCGCGGGUACCACAUGUACUGCCUGACGCCCCCCAUGGCCGAGCCCCCCGAAGGGAGCUGGAGCUGCCACCUGUGUCUGGACCUGCUGAAGGACAAGGCCUCCAUCUACCAGAACCACCAGGGCCAGCCCAGCGCCUGAGCCCCCGCUCCGCGCUCCCGCCGGUCCCUUCUCUCUCCCUUUCUUUCCCUUUCUUUCCCUUUCUUUCCCUUUACUCCCCUUUAUUUCCUUUUAUUUCCCUUUAUUUCCCUUUAUUUCCCUUUAUUUCCCCUCAUUUCCUUUUAUUUCCCUUUAUUUCCCUUUUAUUUCCCUUUAUUUCCCUUUAUUUCAUCUCCAUUCUUUCGCUCCAAUUUCACCUCUUCUCCCUCUAUUUCUUUUAUUUCCCAUUUCUAUUUCCUCUUAUUUCCUCUUUUCCCUUCUUUCCUUUAGUUUUACUUCCUUUAGUUUUACUUCCUUUAGUUUUAUUUCCUUUAGCUUUAUUUCCUUUAUUUCCUUUCUUUUUAUUUCCUUCCCCUUUUAAACUUUCCUUUAUUUCUUCAUUUUCUUCUAUUUUCCUUCCUCUUAUUUUCUCCAAUUUCUCUUAAUCCCUUAUUUUCCCUUCUCUUAUUUUCUCUUAUUUUCUCCAAUUUCUUCUAAUUUCUCUUAUUUCCUCUCAUUUCCCCCAAUCGUUUCCUCCUCAUUUCGUUUCAUUUCAUUUCUCUUAUUCCCCGGUAUCGGUAACUUUAUGGUUUUUAAAGCGUUAUUUUCACUCUUCCCCCCUUUUCCCUCCUCCCCCUUCCCGCCCAUUUGGGCUCAAUCCGGUUUCUUUUGGAGCCCUCGCGGCAAAUUCCCCCAUUCCCACCACCCCCAAAAGGGCGUUUUUUCACCCCAAAACAAGACCCGCCCCCCCCCCCCCCCCCCAAGUUUUGGCGGGAAAAUCACCCUUUUUAUGCUUUUCCAGCCAAAUCGCGGCGGGGGGGCCCAAAAUGCCCCUUUGGGCCCCACAUUGUGGGGCCUUUUCCUCCUUUCCGCAUUUUUGGGGUGAAUUGUUGGGGUUUUGCUUUCCAUUCCCCUCCCCCCCCACGAGGCCUUAACCCCCGACCGGCACAAAACGGGUCAAACUCCCUCACUUUGGGGUCCCCCCCCACCCCCCCGCUGGCGCAAAACGGGGCAAAACUCCCCCAUUUUGGGGUUUCCGGCACGGUCGCACAGGGUUUGAUUUUGGGGCGAAAAAGCCGCUUUUUACCCCCAAACCGCCGCUGACGCCCCAUCCCCCACCCCCCCCUCCCCCCCCCCAGGGUCCCGUUGACUGAAUGUGCCUGUUUUAUAGCAAAAUCAACUCAAAAACCUACCUCCGACCCCCCGAGGAGCCGACCGGGACUCAGACCGCCCCAAAACCACCCAAAAUCCCCCCAAGAUGAACCAAAACCGCUCAAAAUCGACCAAAACCCCCUCAAAACAACCCCCCGUACACCAAAAAUCAACCCCGGUGGUUUCUCUCCCUCCCCACCCCCUCCCCCCCCCCCCCCCCAAGCGCGAUUUGGGUGGAAACAAAGGCGUUUUGGUUCAAAACGGGGGGGUUGCCCCUUUUUGGCGCCCCCGCCGGGGCCGGGCCGCCCAAAUGGCCCAAACCGGGGGGGUUUUCCCCCAAAUCCCGCUCGGCGAAGCUUCCCGGUCGUGUCUUUGCCGGGAAGAGCGAAGAACGGCACCAAAACUGCUUCUUUUCGUAAUAAAAUGGAGAAAAACGCG